UCAACGACCGAGAGCAGACGCAUCAGCACUCCGGGGACCUCACCGCUUGUAUUCUCUGCCAAAGUGGAAGCGCGCGGAGAGGCAGAGCUGUCAGUAUAUGUGCGGCGCGAGCUGCAGCCUCCACACGGACAUGGGCCUCUUGAAGACCGUGACCUGCCCCUGCUCCUUGCCGCCCAGCACGAACACGCACAGGGCGACGGGCGACUCGACGGAGAAGCAGCUGACGCGCUGCUCCUCCGGGGAGCGCUCGGCGCGGCCGGCGCUGCUGGCGCGCGACUUCUUCCUGCGCUCCACGCCUCGCAGCUCCACCAGCUCGCGGCUGAUGCUGCGGCCGCUGGCGUCCUCCAGCAGGCUGUCGGGCGGCGAGUUGAGCAGGCGGGCCGGAGCCACGUGCCACGAGCGCCGCUGGCCCAGGAUCGUCUGGAUGUCCGGGCCCAGGUAGUUGGGGUUGCAGAACCCCACCACGCCGUCCCUGCCCGGGGUCCGCGCCUGCGCCUCCCCGGGGCUCGCCCGGUUGUUGCACAUGCUGUAGUUGCUGGCGGACGCUAUGCUCGCGUAGUCCGACGUGGACGCCGCCUCGUCGGAGGCGUCGUCGGCGCCGUUGCGAGCGCGCGCCUUGUCGCCGGCGCUGAUGAGGUGCGAGUUGUAGCUGUCGCUGCGGCGGCCGGGCUGGAAGCGCUGGUGCACGAAGGAGAACUCGACGUGGGGCUUCGCCGCCGGCGGCUCGGCCGACCCGAACACGUCGUUCUCCAUCUCGUCGUCGGUGUCGAAGUAGACGAGCCGCGUGAUCUCGACGGGCGUGAGCGCGGGCGGCGCCGCCAGCGCGCCGAGGUUGGGCACGGAGAACGGGUCCCGGGGGAGGGUGGCCGACGAGGCGGAG